GAUUACAAAGCCAUUGACGUUUGCUGACUGUGUCGGUGAUGAGCUUCCUUUAGGAUGGGAAACUGUUUACGAUCAACAGAUUGGAGUUUAUUAUAUGGACCACAUAAAUCAGCUCACACAGAUUGAGGACCCAAGGGAGCAAUGGAGGAGGGAGCAAGAACGCAUGCUAAAGGAAUAUUUAAUAGUUGCCCAGGAGGCACUCAAUGCCAAGAAGGAGAUUUACCAAAUAAAGCAGCAGCGUUUUGAACUAGCCCAAGAAGAAUAUCAACAGUUGCACAAAAUGUGUGAGGAUGACAGCCGUUCUUAUGCCAGCUCAUUCUCUGGAUUUUCAACUAAUACCAAGUAUGACCCAUAUCAGAUUAAAGCAGAAAUAGCCAGUCGUCGUGACAGACUUUCUAGGCUAAAACGAGAAUUGGCACAGAUGAAACAGGAGCUGCAAUAUAAAGAAAAAGGAGUUGAAACUCUGCAAGAGAUUGAUCGUAAGAUGUCAAAUGCUCAUACAAAUUACAGACUGGAUGAAGCACAAGCUAUAAUGAGUGAACUUCGAACCAUAAAGAAAGCUAUAUGCACAGGUGAAAAAGAAAGGCAGGACCUUAUGCAGAGCCUGGCCAAGUUAACAGAUGGAUUCAGGAAUAGCUGUUGUAUUACAGAUUCCCUGCAGGAUCUCCAGCACAACUCUGGCUCGCUCAGCGACUCCUGUUUACCUCAACAACACUGUGAUGCUUGUUCUCAGACUGACAUCACUGGAGAGUUUGGGUUUGAUGACAAAACAAGACUUGUAGACAAAGUAAGACUGAACUGGCAAUAUGAAGAGGCCAAGAAAAG